AUGCCAUCAACAUCGUUCGAAGACCACGACGACGCCCCCAUCCACGUCUUUGAUUUACCUCAAAUCCACACCAAGCCCGCGCCCCAAGUUCUCUUGGACACCCUAUCCCUACUUACGUCGCAACCCCCAUCAUGGGACGCCGGCGACACCGAAGAAGCCGACGCCUCCGCCAAUGCGCUCGCCAAGCGCCGCCGGCGAUCCAAUGCCUUCAGACCUCCACCCGCUCGAGUGGAUGAAGCCGGCUUGACCAGAUACCUCACCAACAUUAUCGGCAGCGACCUACAAUGGAUCGACGACGAUGCCACAAAGGAAGAGAUCUGGGAGCAAGUCAGCCUCCGGUUGAGCGAGAGGUCAGGCCGCAAUGCCAUGCCUGCGAUGUCGCGGUCCUUCCGGGUCCCUACGGCGGAGAGGGACGUCAAAAUCACUAUCCAUGAGCCAACGCUCACGGCGGAUAACCUGGGGCUGAAGACUUGGGCAUCGUCGUAUAUGCUUGCCAAGAGACUUCACACAAUUCCAACUCCGAGUGGACUAACUCCGGAUUUUCCAGUCCUCGAGCUUGGAUCCGGCACUGGUUUAGUCGGCAUUGCGGCGGCAGCAGUCUGGGGCGCGUCUGUCACAUUGACGGACUUGCCAGAGAUCGUGCCGAAUCUGUCUCGCAAUAUCGACGCCAACCAAGCGACCAUCCAAGCAGGUGGUGGCUCAGCGUCUGCUGCGGUACUCGAUUGGUCGAUGUCCGACGAGAUCUCACCAUUCACUCUCGGGUCGUCGCCAUUCGACGCAAACAGCAGCUCUGCUGGGUUUCCCAUAAUCCUGGCUGCGGACUCGCUCUACUCACCAGAGCACCCCCGGCUGUUCGUUCAGACAAUCAAGAGAUGGCUGCGGCAGUCGGCAGACGCCCGGGUGAUUGUGGAACUACCGUUACGAGAAGCGUACUCACCCGAGAUCAAAGACUUCAAGGAGCGGAUGCAGGACAUUGGCUUGCACAUACUAGACCAGAGCGAGGAGGUGGGCUAUGAUGACUGGGGCUGGAACAACAGCGGCCGGAGUGGGCAGCAGAAGGUCAACUGCUGGUGGUCGAUCUGGGGCUGGCAAUGA